AUGGCUACGAAUUUAUGCUGUUCAAUUCUGGAAAGCGAAUGCAGAGUCGAAGAUAAAGUAGUGGUGCAUGUCCACUGGAGAGGAUCACCAGACUCCAUCUUGCCAAUCUGCUCCCAUUACUACACCUUACAAGGGAACAUCGAAACCCUAGACGCCCUCAAGGCCACAGCCUUUAAACAACUACUCGCUCCAUACGGCCAGUGUUGCUUUGCUUUCGCUUACAAACGCGAGAUUCGCGACGAGGAAAACAACAUCAAAACCCUACAAACUGGCCUAAUUUUGUUAGGCCUUGUGUGUUUGAAGAAUCCCUAUUCGGCCGAGUUUAUACAAGCCAUCCAACAUUGCCAGGAAUCCGGAGUUGGCGUCAGAUUCGCGGUCGACGACGACAUAAACACGGCCAGGAUCAUCGCCGUGUACUCGGGACUACUGAGGCGCGAAGACGACGGGAAAAUAGUCGACGCUGGCGAUUUCCGGAACCAGUCCGAAGCCGACCGCCUGAAGACCGUGGAGGACAUUCUGGUAAUGGCCAACGCCUCUCCCGGAGACAAGAUGCUGAUGGUGAAGUACCUAAGACAGAACCACCACGUUGUAGCCGCGGCAUCAGCCGCUAUCAGAGACUCGCCUCUGCUCAAACAAGCCGACGUCGGCAUCUUCCUCGGAACGUCUAACGAAGACGCCGACAUCUUCGUCCCAACCAGCGAAUUCACGCUAAUCCCCGCAAUCCUGAAUUUGGGGAGGCGAGUUUGCAGAAGCAUCGAAAAAAUCGUGCAACUGAAGCUCAUAAUGGAGGUCUCCGCUUUCACCAUCAACAUCGUUUCUUUGUUAGCUGGAAAUGGCAAGGAAGCGCUGGGCUCGUUGCAGCUGCUGUGGAUCAAUCUCGUUAUGGAAAUUUUGGGAGCUGCGGCGGUUGCCAUAACUACUAUUUACGGAAGCUCGGCUCGGGCAAAUACGGAUCCGGUUUACGGGUCGGGUCAGAUCAUUACCCGGCCCAUGUGGAUGAGCAUAGCCGUACAAUCCUCGUUUCAGGUGGCGGUUAUUCUCAUCUUGAUUUUGAAGGGGGGAACCGUUUUUCAGGUGAGUGAAUCGGCGGUGGGGACCAUGGUCUUCAACUGCUACGCCUUCUGUCAGGUUUACUUGCUGAUUCCGGCUAUUGAGAUUAGAAGAGGCGAUGUUGCGGCGGGGCAGAGUUGCUUUUUUCUUUGCGUUGUGGUGGUCAUCGGAAUUCUUCAGGUGGCGGUGGUCGAGAUUGUCGGAGUUGUUGCUCAUCGCCCCAGAUUGGGCAUCAAGUUAUGGUGCAUUUGCGUUGGGAUUUCGUCAUUGUCUCUGCCCUUGAACUGUGCUGCUAAUUUGAUAAUUCGAAUAUCACGACUGUGA